AUGGAGGAAAGGGACACCCAUGUCUCCGCGAGUGGAAGCAAACUUGAAAUGCAGGUCGAGCCUGAUAUCGCAUCUACUGGAAAUGAAAAGGAAGAGCCGCGUCGUCAACUUCAUGGAUGGAAGUGGGCGAUUGCGUAUACUGCCAUGUUGUCCACGACAUUUCUCUUCGCCCUCGAUAAUACUAUCGUGGCAGAUAUUCAACCAUCGAUUAUUGAUGACUUUGGCGAGAUUGAAUUACUUCCGUGGAUCGGAGUUGGAUUCGCUCUCGGUUCAAUGUUUAUUCUCCCCUGGGGAAAGAUAUAUGGCGUGUUCAAUAUCAAAUGGGUGUACUUGGGCAAUUUAAUUCUGUUCGAAAUUGGAAGCGCAAUCUGCGGUGCUGCACCCAAUAUGACAGCAUUGAUUGUCGCUCGUGUUAUUACUGGUAUUGGUGGCUCCGGCAUGUACGCCGGCACAAUGAUGUAUGUCUCUGUCACAACCUCCCUAAAGGAGAGAGCGAUGUAUAUGUCGGGAAAUGCUGUUAUGUGGGGUGUGGGUAGUGUUUUGGGCCCGGUAGUAUGUCGGCGGCGCUUUCGCUACGAGCAGCGCGACCUGGCGAUGGGCAAAUCCUUCAAGGGAAAGUGCAGAAUGAUCGACUGGAUCAUGACUGUAGUAUUCCUAGCUGGGUGUGCUUGCUUCACGAUGGCAAUAAAUUUCGGUGGUGUCAUUUACGCGUGGAAUUCUAACCCUGAAAUUGCUCUGUGGGCCGUGACCGCUAUCCUUUUGGUCGCCACGAUCUUUUUGAUGCAUUUCCACCCAGGAGUGACUAAAGAGAACAGGCUUUAUCCAGCUCAUUUCCUAAAACGUCUGAUCCUGGUAAACAUGCAACUUCAAAUAUUUUUAUCGUCCGGAAUCAUCCUGGGAGAUGGCCCUCUCGACGCUGGAAUUCGCUUGCUUCCAUUCAUUGUCUCUAUGGUGGUGCUGUCGCUAUUGAAUGGAGCCCUAAUGCCAAGGUUGUCCUAUAUAGGUCCAUGGCACAUUCUGGGUAGUGCUCUAGCCAUUAUUGGCUCUGCUCUGAUGUACACGGUAAACGAAAAUUCAUCCAACGCAAGUAUAUAUGGGUACACUGUUCUGGUUGGAGCUGGUGGGGGCUGCUAUAUUGUUGCCGGCUUCGCUAUUGUGCAAUCGCUCGUUCCUCCCCAUGACAUUGCGAAUGCAAUUGGAGCCCUGACAAUUUUCCAAGACCUCGGAAUGGUGAUGUUUCUCGCAGUUUCAGGUGCUCUGUUCCAAAAUUUUGCUCUCCAGAAUGUUGGAAGUGUUCUUCCUGACCUUUCACCCGACAAAAUCAAAGAUUUAGUAGCUGGAACAAGCAGUUCUACCUUCAAAGGUUUGAGCGAGGAGGCAAAGAGCCUAGUGAUUCCGCAAAUUGCUGUAGCCAUGCGUUCUGUCUGGUUACUCUUCCUUGUGGGAGCAGCACUGAGUUUUUUGCUUUCACUAAGCCUUGGAAAGCAUAAGCUCACCAUCACCGGAACAGGACCACAUUUCUGAUCAAGAGACAUUGACAAGCUUCCACACCUGUCAAAUGCUGGAAGACCAUUUUCCCUCUCCUUGGGAGUUCUUUCAGAGUCCUUCAUCUAUUAAUAAACGCACCGCUUGGAAAAUUAUAAAAUUAGAUUAUUUUGUUGAUGCAUUCCAUUCCCUUGCACUGCUAGAAAAUAAAAUAAAUUUUUUUUUUUUUUCCCUCGAGCCUUUUGUCUACAGAAUCCUCUGCCUCUAUUCGAGUGCGUGAAGCGGAUGAAGCUGGGUCUGGAGAAGGGCGACCUUUGAUUUGCUUGGCGCCACGUGACCGAGUAACACCAGGAACGAGCUUUAACUGACCAGAGCCAAAAUUCGCGUGACAUAAGCAUUUACAACGAAUCAGAAACAGGAGCUUAAAGCAUCUAGCUGGUGAUGAUGGUAGAUUAAAGGGAGCAAAGCAAAUAAGACAAACAGGCAAACAAGGGAAAACGGUGCUCCAAAAAGCCUGACAAAAGCCUGCCUCGCAAAGCAUAUGUCAGAGGAAACGUAGCUGCUUUGAGACUCCAUGUCUCUGCUCUGUCUUACAUUUUA